UUAAAAAGUGAAUUGAUUUUAUGUGUUGCAGGUAUAGCUAUAACGCAGUAUCUACAGACAGUGACGUCACGGUUAGCACUAGGAGGAGAACUAGUGUAUCAAUACGGUCCCCAGAUUCCCGGCAAACAGUUCACAGUCCUGUCACUAGCAGCACGGAUAUCAGGGGAGAAAUGGCAGUUGACUGGAAACUAUUGUCCCACAGGUGGUGCUAUGCACGCCUGUUACCACCACAAAGUUAGUGAUCAACUUCAGGUAGCCGCCGAGGUGGAGACUAGUAUUGCCAGUAGAGAGAGUGUGGGAACAAUAGGAUAUCAGCUAGAAAUACCAUCUACCAACGUAACGUUCAAAGGCCAACUGGACACCAACUGGUCUGUAGGUGGGACAAUGGAGAAAAAGUUAAUGCCACUUCCCUUCACCUUUGCCCUCAGUGGCAUGGCCAAUUUUGCGAACAUACAGAAACCUCAGUACCGUUUCGGUAUAGGACUGAUCGUGGGAUGAAUAUUCUGUCCAAGUGAUAUAGACUUGACAAUUUCAUUUAUUCAUUGAUAGUGUGAUAUUUGUAACCAUCAUGAAAAUGCUGAACAAGACGCCGGUGUAUCCGUCACAUCAGAAUUUAGUCUUUAGAGAUGCCGUGGGUGUGAGUUGUUGGUACGAGUGUGAUGUCAAUCUUUAUGCAUUGAUAAACCCUGCUCUUGUGUCAUUUUUCACAAUGCCUCUGUUAAAUAGUUGACGUGAAAAAUGACUGGAGUUACACUCGUGCCCAUGGACGCACAGUGUUUUGAGAAAUAGCUGUUACAUGUUCUUGGUAAGUAAGCACAGAGUUUCGUGGAGUUAAUUAGUUUCACUGAAGAUCUGUAUGCACCUUUGACCCCGAAUUUGAAAAUCUGGUGACAUUAGUGAAGAUCCUGCAAGAACGGUUAGGAAAUCAGAUUUGGUUCAAGUACAAGCAAAAGGUCUCGCACCCAGAACGUUUUUAGAAGACCAAUCAUGACUUGUGGAAGGUCCUUCUUUUGAAGUCAUUUUCUCUGCUGAUUAAAUCACAAAUACUAUGCACACACAAUCUGCUUGUUGGGUCCUAGAUACUGAUUAAUG